CGCGAUCGAGAACUCAUCGUCCGCCUCCGCCAUGUCGACGGUUUCGCCUGCGCCCGAAUCUUCUUUGUCGCAGUACACGUACCGCAAAGGGACCUAUUUUCCGACGCCGUUUCACCUUCAACAGAAAACGCCGCAACCCUACAUCGGCGCGGCUCUCCCCCAGGUUCAAGUGUCUGUUCCUUCAGGCAUUCCCGCCGGAUAUCCAGCUCCUGCUAGCUCAUUUGCUCAAUACCAACAAGCAAACCAACUGUUUCAAAGGGUUGCACAAAUAAUUACACCAGAAGCAAUUGAGAAUGUGAAAGCUGCACUUGCAAGCAGUGAGAUUGAGCACAAAGCUGAUGCUAAGAAGAAAGCAGUGCCUCGUAAAGCUGCUGGACAAACUUGGGAGGAUCCUACCCUUGCUGAUUGGCCAGAAAAUGACUAUCGCUUAUUUUGUGGUGAUCUUGGAAAUGAGGUGAAUGAUGAUGUUUUAUCAAAGGCGUUUUCAAGAUUCCGUUCUUUUAACAUGGCCAGGAUUUUUGUUCCAAGUGCUUGGAGCCCUCAUAUGUCUCUUGUCUGUCAAGGUUGUGCGAGACAAGUGGACAGGUAAAACUAAAGGCUAUGGAUUUGUAAGUUUUUCCAACCCUUCAGACCUUGUGGCAGCCCUUAAAGAAAUGAAUGGCAAAUAUGUUGGUAAUCGACCCAUCAAACUUCGGAAGAGUAGGUGGCAAGAUAGGAUCGACUACGAAGCUAUAGAGAGGCAAAAGAACCGGUCUACGAAGAAGGCCAAGAUGUCGAAGAAGAGCUUGUUGCACAAGUGAGUGUAAUAAUGUAUGAGAUGCAAUGCCAAGCUGAUGUGCAGAGAUGAUUAUAUGUUACUCCUUGUAUCUAACUAUCCCUUUAAUGCAGUGUUUUCUCCAUCCAUCACAAAAUAACUACACACUUCUCCU